CAUGUUUUUCUUGAAACACUCUUAAAUAAGUUGCAACUAUUAUGGAAUCUUCCCCGGUCCUGUCACACUAACUAAAGAGCAAGGUGAUUGUGAUGGAGGGGGAAAUGGAAACAUGCAUUAAUGCUGCGUAGGAAGCAAUGCACGCAAAAACAAUAAUAAUAAUAGCAAAAUAGGGAUAAAAGACUACUUGAAGGACUUGAAGAGAACUCUGACGAUACUUGAACUAUUGAAUACCAAAUUGGGCUUACGUAAAAUGAGUAUGCUGAGAAGAGAGGUUCUGCACCAUUUUAAAUCUCUGUUGAGAGCCAGUCAGACUGCGUUCAAAGAGGAUGCUCUAGCUCUGACAGCUUCUAGAAAGAAAAUAAAUGAAGAAUACAAAUCCAAGAAGCACGUUAAGGAUCAAGAUUCAAUCAAAGAGUUAUUGAAAUUCUCUAAAGAUGUAGAGACUGAGCUAAAGCAAAACGUAAUUCAGGCUAAGGAGAAAUCACCAGGGAAAUUUGAAUUAAGAAUUCACGAGGGAACAGCCAAAUUGAUCAACUUCCCCUUUAGAGAGGAUGCUGAGUUGCCUACUUUCAAAACUGGCCGACGGUGCAAAAAACCCUAAUCCUAAUAGUGUCCCUCUUUAAUGGCUGUUCGUAAGUUUAGUGGCAGUGAGACGCUGUUUUUUUUUUUCAAAAUCUUUAUUACAGAAGGUUGUUCUUGUAAUUUUACAGUAGUUAUUGUUAAUUAAAAUUACGUCUUUGCAAAUCAAAAUACCUAG